UUCCCGGUGAGAUUUGUCCGGGGGAACGGGUACACACUGCAUCAAAGAUGGCUCGUUAUGGGCGAAUGUUUGGUUCAUUUUGGAGAAACAUUGUGUCAGAAUAAGAGAGCUCGUGCACAAAGAGAAACCGCAGGGCAGGUGGUAGUUGUCGCGGGCAGUGUUUGCCACUCUCGCCGCGCUACGACCCGCUUUGCUCUCUCCGUGCGCUCACUUGUCCCCCACUGUGUUACCUCGUUAGCUUCCAUAGUAAAUAUUAGCCUGCUCCGUGUUGAUAGCUAAAAUGGCCACCAUGGAGAAACUGAUGAAGGCCUUCGAGUCCCUGAAGUCAUUCCAGCAACAACAAGGACCGCCGACCGCCGAGGAGCUCGUGCAGAGGCAGAAAAAGGAACAAGCUACUACAAAGAAGGACAGGGUGACCCACUGUCUGACAAUAUGUGAAAACAUUGUGGCUCAUUCUCUGAGAACGUCUCCAGAGUUUCAGAAACUUAUGGGCAUCGCCAUGGAGAUGUUCCUGCUCUGCACCGAUGACAGCGAAUCAGAUGUCCGAAUGGUAGCUGAUGAGUGCCUGAACAAAAUCAUCAAAGCACUGAUGGACUCCAAUCUGCCAAGACUACAGCUGGAGCUGUACAAAGAAAUUAAAAAGAAUGGUGCCUCUCGAAGUCUGAGGGCGGCUCUGUGGAGGUUUGCUGAGCUUGCCCACCUCAUCAGACCACAGAAAUGCAGACCCUACCUGGUCAACCUGUUGCCGUGCCUCACCAGAAUUGCGAAGCGGCAGGAGGAAACUGUGCAGGAGACUCUCGCUGCGGCAAUGCCCAAGAUUAUGGUCGCUUUGGGACACUUUGCCAACGAUGGCGAGAUCAAGGUGCUGCUGAAAUCGUUCGUGGCGAACCUGAAAUCCAGCUCACCGACCAUUAGACGGACAGCGGCUAGUUCAGCUGUCACCGUGUGCCAGCACUCCAGACGCACCAGCUAUUUCUACACCUGGCUCCUUAAUGUGCUGCUGGGACUGUUGGUUCCUGUGGAUGAGGAGCACCCCAGCCACCUGAUCUUGGGGGUGCUGCUUACUCUUCGCUACCUGAUGCCUCUGCUGCAGCAGCAAGUCAACACCUCCAGCCUGAAAGGAAGUUUUGGAGUCAUGAGGAAGGAGGCAGAUGUACAGCCAACACCUGAACAGCUGCUACAGGUGUACGAGCUUACCCUACACUACACACAACACUGGGAUCACAAUGUGGUCACAGCUGCUUUGGAGCUCCUUCAGCAGGUCUUCAGGACUCCCCCGCCCGAGCUGCUGCACAUGCUCAUCACAGCUGGCAGCAUUUCAUAUCCCACUGUGUUUCGCCAGGACACAGAGGGCCGUGCACGCUCCGGCAGCAUCCUCGAGCUCAUAGCAGGGGGAGGGUCCUCAUGCAGUCCACUCCUUCUCAGGAAACAGAGAGGUAAAAUGAUUUCUGGAGAGGAAGAUGGGUUGGAGGAUGAUCCUGAGAGGACAGAAGUGACUGCUGGAGCCUUUACAGCAUCAGUUGUUGGUGCAGACGGCUCCUCUGCAGCCCAGGUUGACAUCAUCACAGAGCAGCCACGCUCCUCCCAGCAUACCCUGCAGCCUGGCGACUCCGUGGACCUCAGUGCCUCCUCAGAUCAGGGUGGUGGUGGAGGGGGGACAUCUGCGUCGGACACUCCCGAGUCACCCAAUGACAAUGAGGAGGAAAUGCUGAGUCGUAGCUCCAGCGGUGGGGCCAAUAUUACACCAGAGACGGCUGAAUACACAACACCUGAAAAUGCUACGCCGGAGGGAGGGCCCCUCGGAGAAGGUGGAACUCUGCUAGGAACUAAUGAUCGCUCACUUCCACCCAGUGACUCAUCACAGACCACUACAGAGGGACCAGACUCAGCUGUCACACCCUCAGACGUAGCAGAACUGGUGUUGGACGGCAGUGAGAGUCAGUACUCGGGGAUGCAGAUUGGAACUCUACAGGAUGAAGAAGACGAAGGAACAGCACCGCCCUCCCAAGACGAACCACCGGAACCGUUCCUGCAGUCAGCACUGGCUCUGAGCAAGCCUCAUCUCUUUGAUGGCCGUGGUCACAACCGGCAGGGUUCAGACAGCAGCGUGGAUCGUUUCAUACCAAAGGACGAACCCACUGACCCUGAGCCUGACAACAGGCAAUCACGGAUAAAGGGUCCUAUUGGACAUUACACAGACCAGGGCUCGGAGCCGCUGGUGCAUUGUGUACGACUUUUGGCUGCGUCCUUCCUCUUGACAGGACAAAAGAAAGGUCUCAUCCCUGACAAGGAAGUGCGAGUGAGUGUGAAGGCCCUGGCGGUCAGCUGUGUUGGGGCAGCAGCAGCGCUGCAUCCUGAGGCCUUCUUUAAUUCCCUCUACCUGGAGCCGCUGGACGGCAUUUCAGCAGAAGAGCAGCAGUAUAUCAGUGACGUUCUGGGUCUCAUUGACCAUGGGGACCCACAGAUCAGAGGGACCACAGCCAUCCUCUGUGCAGCCAUCAUCCAGGCGGCACUCACCAAAUCCCAUUAUAACAUACACAGCUGGCUGGCCAGUGUGCAGAGUUCAACAGGUAAUCCUGUGUCCCUGGUGGACUUGGUGCCUUUGCUUCAGAGAGCUCUAAAAGAUGAAUCCUCUGUCACGUGCAAGAUGGCUUGCUCUGCAGUGAGGCACUGCAUCAUGACGGUUUGCAGCAGUACCCUGAGUGAGCUCGGGUUGCAGUUGGUCAUAGACCUUCUGCCUCUGAAGGACUCCUCUUAUUGGCUCGUUCGCACUGAGCUCUUGGAGACCUUGGCUGAGAUGGACUUCCGAUUAGUUCAUUUCCUGGAGAGGAAAACUGAGACUUUGCACAAAGGAGACCAUCACUACACUGGGCGGCUGAGGCUACAGGACAGAAUCCUGAAUGAUGUGGUCAUUCGUCUGUUGGGAGACGAUGAUCCAAGAGUGAGGCACAUAGCUGCCUCUGCUGUCAGCAGACUGGUUCCCAGAUUAUUUUAUGACUGUGACCAGGGCCAGGUGGACCCAGUGGUGGCUAUUGCCCGGGACCAGAGUUCAGUCUACUUACAGCUGCUCAUGCAUGAGACACAGCCACCCUCACAGCUCACAGUCAGCACCAUCACAAGGACAUACAGAGGUUACAACCUGUCUAACACUGUGCCUGAUGUCACACUGGAGAACAAUCUGUCUAGAGUUGUUACCGCUGUCUCCCACGCUUUCACCUCCUCUACUUCCAGGGCCCUCACUUUUGGUUGUUCUGAGGCUUUGUGCCUCCUAGCUUCAAAUUUCCCAGUGUGCACUUGGAGCACAGGCUGGCAUUGUGGUUACAUUAGCUCCAGUUGUAACUUUUCUUCUCGCACUAGUCUGAACCGCACCAGAGGCAGGGCCCUCAGUUUGUCUCAGCCCACCAGUGCUCCAGGUUCCUCAAACACCUCAUCACAACUGGACUCGGAGCGGAGAACUCUGACAGUAGGGAUGGCUAACAUGGUCCUCUCCUUACUCUCCUCUGCCUGGUUUCCACUGGAUCUUUCUGCACAUCAGGAUGCACUUUUGUUUGCUGGCAAUCUGCUUGCUGCUGUGGCUCCAAAAUGCAUGCGCAACCCAUGGUCUGGAGAUGAAGAAGGCAGCAGUGGGAGCACCAACACUAGUGGAGGCCCAAAUAAGAUGGAGGAACCCUGGGCAGCACUUUCAGAGCGCUCCUUGGUGGCCAUGGUGGAACAGCUCUUCUCCCACCUUCUCAAGUUGCUAAACAUCUGUGCCCACGUGCUGGAUGACACACCACCGGGACCCGCAGUUAAGGCCACCCUCCCCUCCCUGAGCAAUACCCCCUCCCUCAGUCCCAUCCGUAGGAAAGGCAAAGAGAAGGAGGUUGCUGACCCCAUUGCUGCUCCUAUGAGCCCAAAGAAGAGCAACGAAGUUAACACGGGUAGGCCAACAGACAGCACUGGCUCAGCCGCUGUAAACAAAUCUACCACUCUUGGCAACUUCUACCACCUGCCAACCUACCUCAAGCUCUAUGAUGUCCUUAAAGCUACACACGCCAACUACAAGGUGUCAGUGGACCUCCACAGCAGUCAGGAGAAGUUUGGGAGUUUUCUGCGCUCCACUUUAGAUGUUCUGUCUCAGCUGCUGGAGCUGGCCACACUCCAUGACAUCAGCAAGUGUGUGGAGGAAAUUUUGGGCUACCUCAAGUCCUGCUUUACCCGAGAACCAACCAUGGCUACAGUUUGUGUUCAACAGCUAUUGAAGACCCUGUUUGGCACCAACCUGGCCUCCCAGUACGAGGGUGUCCUGAGUGGACCCAGCCGUUCCCAAGGCAAGGCUCUGCGUCUCGGCUCAUCCAGCCUGCGACCAGGCCUCUACCACUACUGCUUCAUGGCACCAUACACUCAUUUCACACAGGCACUGGCUGAUGCCAGUCUCCGCAACAUGGUGCAGACUGACCAUGAGCAGGACACCUCUGGAUGGUUUGAUGUCAUGCAAAAGGCAUCUAAUCAGCUGAGGUCCAACAUUGCAAAUGCAACACGCAACAGAGGAGACAAGAAUGCCAUCCACAACCACAUUCGACUGUUUGAGCCGCUGGUGAUCAAAGCUCUGAAGCAGUACACAACCAGCACCUCUGUGGCUCUGCAGAGACAAGUGCUGGAUCUGCUCGCCCAGCUUGUACAGCUAAGAGUCAAUUAUUGCCUUCUAGACUCGGAUCAGGUGUUUAUUGGCUUUGUCCUCAAGCAGUUUGAAUAUAUUGAAGUGGGACAGUUCAGAGAUUCAGAGGCCAUCAUUCCAAACAUCUUUUUCUUCCUGGUGCUACUGUCUUACGAGCGCUACCACUCCAAGCAGAUAAUCAGCAUUCCCAAGAUCAUCCAGCUGUGUGACGGCAUCAUGGCAAGUGGCAGGAAAGCUGUCACGCAUGCCAUCCCAGCCUUGCAGCCAAUAGUUCAUGACCUGUUUGUCCUGAGAGGCUCAAACAAGGCCGACGCAGGCAAAGAGCUGGAUACACAGAAGGAAGUAGUGGUGUCCAUGUUGCUCAGACUCGUACAGUACCAUCAGGUGUUGGAGAUGUUCAUCCUUGUACUGCAGCAGUGUCACAAAGAGAAUGAGGACAAGUGGAAGAGAUUGUCCAGACAGAUUGCUGAUGUCAUUCUUCCCAUGAUUGGCAAGCAACAGAUGCAUCUGGACUCUCCAGAGGCGUUGGGAGUGUUGAACACUCUUUUUGAAACGGUAGCACCUUCUUCUCUGAGGCCUGUAGACAUGCUGCUCAAGAGUAUGUUCACCGUACCAGUCACCAUGGCAUCAGUAGCUACCGUGCAGCUGUGGGUGUCUGGUAUACUUGCAGUGCUCCGGGUCCUCAUCUCCCAGUCUACUGAGGACAUUGUCCUGUCUCGGAUCCACGAGCUGUCACUCACCCCACAUCUCCUCUCCUGCCACACAAUACGCCGCCUGCAUCAGCAGAGCCCCACCCCGAGUGACCCACCCACUACUGACACACUUGGUAACCAGGAAACUAAUGGCGAGGCACAGAAAGCUCCACCUGAGGAAACCUUUGCCAGGUUUCUCCUCCAGCUGGUCGGAGUGUUGCUGGAUGACAUUUCCUCCAGAGAGAUUAAAGUGGACAUUACAGAGCAACAACACACCUUCUACUGCCAGCAGCUGGGUACACUGCUCAUGUGUCUCAUACACGUCUUCAAAAGUGGAAUGUUUCGCAGGAUCACAGCUGCUGCCAGUCGUCUCCUGAAGGCUGAGAAUGGCAGUGGACAGACAGCCGCUGAGGCCAGCCUCUUCUACCCUCUGGAAGGACUGAACAGCAUGGUGCAGUGCCUCAUUACCACCCACCCCUCCCUGGUGCUCCUCUGGUGCCAGGUCCUCCUCAUCAUCAACUAUACCAACUACUCCUGGUGGGCUGAGGUGCAGCAGACACCCAGGGGACACAGCCUCUCAUGCACAAAGCUGCUGAGUCCUCACUCCUCGGGAGAAGGAGAGGAGGACAAGCCUGAGGCCCGGUCAGCAAUGGUCAACAGAGAGAUUGUACGCAGGGGAGCCCUUAUCCUCUUCUGUGAUUAUGUGUGUCAGAAUCUCCAUGACUCUGAGCAUCUGACCUGGCUCAUUGUCAACCACGUGAGUGACCUCAUCAGCCUUUCCCAUGAACCACCAGUGCAAGACUUUAUCAGUGCUGUACACCGCAAUUCAGCUGCCAGCGGCCUCUUCAUCCAGGCCAUCCAGUCACGCUGUGACAACCUCGCUACACAGCCUACCAUGCUGAAGAAGACUCUGCAGUGUUUGGAGGGCAUUCACCUAAGUCAGUCUGGAUCUCUGCUGAUGCUGUAUGUGGACAAGCUGCUCAAUACACCUUUCAGGGUUCUGGCUCGCAUGGUGGACACACUGGCAUGUCGUAGGGUAGAGAUGCUGCUUGCAGAGACACUACAGAACAGCGUGGCUCAGCUGCCCGUGGAGGAACUGGACAGGAUCCAGGAAUACCUCCAGACCAGUGGGCUGGCUCAAAGGCACCAGAGGUUCUACUCCCUGCUGGACAGGUUCAGAGCCACUGUGGCUGACACUAGUAGCCCCACCCCUCCCGUGACUACACACCCCCUGGAUGGGGAUCCACCUCCUGCCCCUGAACUGGUCAUUGCAGAUAAGGAGUGGUAUGUGGCUCUGGUGAAGUCUCAAUGCUGUCUUCGUGGAGAUGUGUCCCUGUUGGAGACAACAGAACUGCUCACUAAACUACCUGCGGCUGAUCUCCUCAACGUAAUGAGCUGCAAGGAUUUCAACCUAAGCCUGCUGUGCCCAUGCCUCAGUAUGGGCAUACAGAGGUUAGCACGAGGUCAGGGCUCACUCUUGUUGGAGACGGCUUUGCAGGUGACCCUCGAGCAAUUGGCAGCAGUCACUGGGUCACUUCCUGCCCCGCAUCAGUCCUUCCUGCCUCCUUCCCAACCCCAGCUCUACUGGAACCAAUUGGCUGUUAUCUAUGAUGAGCCAGGUUUCUACCCCAGAGUUGUGUCGCUGUGCAGAGCACUGUCCCAGUACCUGCUCAGUGUGAGCCAGCUGCCUUCCUCACUACAUAUCCCCUCUGACAAGGAGCAUCUCAUUACCACUUUCACCUGCACUGCCACUGAGGUGGUCGCUUGGCGUCUGCUCCAGGAUCAGUUGCCCCUGAGUGUGGACCUGCAGUGGGCUCUGUCCUGCCUGUGUCUGGCCCUGCAGCAGUCUUGUGUCUGGAACAAGCUGUCCACCACAGAGUACUCCACACACACCUGCUCUCUCAUUUACUGCCUACGCCAGAUCAUUGUUUCAGUGGCUGUGAGUCCUGGUGACCAGCUGCUGCAUCCAGAGAAGAAAAAGACAAAGGCAGAAAGAGAUGCUGAAGGAGACCAAGUGGAUUCAGUACAUGCUGACCACAUGUGCGAGUGGAAAGCGUGUGAGAUCAUGGCUGAGCUGGUGGAAGGCCUGCAGAACGUCCUUGCCCUCGGUCACCAUAGAAAUAGCAUAUUCCCAGCUUUUCUCACUGAAAUGUUGCGGAAUAUCAUCAUCAGUCUAUCCCGACUGCCUCUGGUCAACAGCUACACCCGAGUACCUCCACUGGUUUGGAAACUGGGCUGGUCCCCUCAGCCAGGAGGAGAGUUCACCACAACACUACCCGAGAUACCCGUGGACUUCCUGCAGGAAAAGGACGUCUUCCGAGAAUUUCUCUAUCGCAUCAACACAUUGGGCUGGAGUAGCAGGACUCAGUUUGAGGAAACCUGGGCCACUCUGCUUGGAGUGCUGGUCACUCAACCUAUCACUAUGGACCAGGAGGAGGAGACACAGCAGGAGGAGGACCUGGAGCGUACUCAGUUGAAUGUGUUAGCAGUACAGGCCAUCACCAGCCUGGUGCUGAGUGCCAUGACCCUGCCUACUGCUGGCAACCCGGCAGUCAGCUGUCUGGAACAGCAGCCACGCAACAAGAGCCUCAAAGCCCUAGAAACACGAUUUGGAAGAAAACUUGCAGUCAUCAGGGGGGAAGUGGAGCGAGAGAUUCAGGCUCUUGUGUCAAAGAGAGACAACGUGCAUACACACCACCCGUACCACGCCUGGGACCCUGUGCCCUCACUGUCAGCGGCCUCUGCAGCAGGUACGCUGAUCAGCCAUGAGAAGCUGUUGCUUCAGAUCAACACAGAAAGGGAGAUGGGCAACAUGGACUACAAACUGGGACAGGUCUCCAUCCACUCAGUGUGGUUGGGUAACAACAUCACUCCUCUGAGGGAGGAAGAAUGGGGUGAGGAUGAAGAAGAUGAAGUGGAUACUCCAGCACCCACCUCCCCGCCGUUAUCUCCCAUAAAUUCUAGGAAGCAUCGUGCAGGUGUGGACAUUCAUUCGUGCUCCCAGUUUCUCCUGGAGCUUUACAGCCAGUGGCUGAUCCCUGGCUCCCCAAGUAACCGGAGGACUCCAACCAUCCUCAUAAGUGAAGUAGUCCGUUCGCUGCUGGCAGUGUCAGACCUGUUCACAGAGAGGAACCAGUUUGACAUGAUGUUCUCCACCCUGAUGGAAUUGCAGAAGCUCCAUCCACCGGAGGAUGAGAUCCUCAAUCAGUACCUGGUGCCUGCCAUCUGUAAGGCUGCUGCUGUUCUGGGCAUGGACAAAGCAAUAGCUGAGCCUGUGUGUCGUCUGUUGGAGACGACCCUGCGUAGCACUCACUUACCAAGUCGCAUGGGAGCCUUGCAUGGAGUGUUGUAUGUGUUGGAGUGUGACCUGCUGGAUGACACGGCCAAACAGCUCAUCCCCACCAUCUCAGAGUACCUACUGUCCAACCUCAGGGCCAUUGCUCACUGCGUGAACCUCCAUAACCAGCAGCAUGUAUUGGUGAUGUGCGCAGUGGCCUUCUACAUGAUGGAGAACUACCCUCUGGAUGUAGGUCCUGAGUUUAUGGCUGGAGUCAUACAGCUGUGUGGUGUGAUGGUGUCUGCCAGCGAGGACUCCACUCCUUCCAUCAUCUAUCACUGCGUGCUGCGCGGACUGGAGCGCCUCCUGCUGUCGGAGCAGUUGUCACGCGUGGACGGGGAAGCGCUUGUCAAACUCAGCGUGGACCGAGUCAACAUGCCAUCACCACACAGAGCUAUGGCUGCGUUGGGCCUCAUGCUCACCUGCAUGUACACUGCGGUGCUUGCAUCGGGUUCAGACAUGACAGGGGUUAGAGGUCAGGUUGACUCUAGCUCUGCCGUAGCGGAGGCGGUGGGCGUCACGGCGGGUCAUGUUGGUUUCUCCUCAGGCAAGGAGAAGGCCAGUCCUGCCAGUCGCCCUCCUCACUCUGACCCUCAAGCUCCAGACAGCGAGUCAAUCAUUGUUGCCAUGGAGAGGGUCUCUGUGCUGUUCGACAGAAUCAGGAAGGGUUUGCCCAGCGAGGCGCGGGUCGUGUCCAGGAUUCUGCCCCAGUUUCUGGACGACUUCUUCCAGCCACAGGACGUCAUGAACAAGGUCAUCGGAGAGUUCCUGUCCAAUCAGCAACCCUACCCACAAUUCAUGGCCACUGUUGUGUACAAGGUUUUCCAGACGCUCCACGCCACAGGUCAGUCGUCUAUGGUGAGGGACUGGGUGCUGCUGUCUCUGUCCAACUUCACUCAGAGGACACCGGUGGCCAUGGCCAUGUGGAGCCUCUCCUGCUUCUUUGUCUCUGCGUCCACCUCUCAGUGGAUCUCAGCCUUACUGCCACAUGUCAUUAGCCGAAUGGGCUCCAGUGAAGUGGUGGACACCAACCUGUUCUGCCUGGUGGCCUUGGAUUUUUACCGGCACCAGAUUGACGAGGAGCUGGACCGCCGGGCGUUUCAGUCCGUCUUUGAGACCGUGGCGUCGCCUGGCAGCCCUUAUUACCAGCUACUGGGGUGUCUGCAGUCAAUCCACCAGGAUACGUCACUCUGAGAUGAGCAGAGAGGUGGCGGGGGCACCGAGGCGUGCGCAGAGAAAGUGGAAUAAUGCGAGAGAUGUGGUGGGGCAUGAAAUUAGAUGGUCACGUAAACCUCCCCUUCAUCUGUGACGGUGGAAGGACAGAAUGUUUUACGACUAGAACUUAGAACUACUGUUGUGACCCACGAUCAAUUCAAAGGAAUUGGUUUUAAAAUAAAGGGGUGGGUCGGAAUUUGUCACUUUUAGCCUAUAAAUUGUACUGAGGGUGAAACUUUGAAUCCUCAACACAAAUGACAGCACCUUGAAUAUUUCCUCCCACCCAGCACCUUGAAUUAAUUAUAUAUAUAUACACACAUACAAUACAUAAAGAUCAGUUUAAUCAAACACAAAAUGUAUUGUGCUGCCAGGAUGUGCGUCAGUCAGUAUUUGAUGUCAGUAAAGUACAAUAGAGGGAAAAACAGAACAUAUUUACUAUAUUGCAUUUAUUUUUCAGUGCAUUAUUGUCGGCGUGAGGAAGAGAGGUCUGCUAAAAUUGUUAAUAGUUCAUAUAUUUAAAGAUCGUUUUAUAUCUGUGGUCAUUCUGACACAUUAAAUAGUCAAAAGUUGUGUGUAAGACUGAUCACUAAUGGCAUAGUUGUUGUUUUUUCCCAUGAUGAUUAUGGAGUAUGGGGAGUAGUUGUUGCUAUGAGCUCUUUACACAGCAGCCAUUUUGAAAAAGUCGAGUUCGGUUUAGCUUCCUCGGGUUCAGGGUGCGUGCCGGCUCCCUGUCGCUCUGCCCCUGACUACUUGGAAGUGCCGGCAACAUACGACAUAAUCAGCAUGGCUGCUGUGCAUCGACCCCAUCAUCGCCGCAGACGUCGUGGACGCUGUAGUGUGGACAAAGAACCAGGCAGGUGAAUAUUGAGCAGUAUAAAAUAUGGUUUUAACAGUUUAAAGGCCCAUGAAUCUUCACCCACAGUCAAGAGAGAUUUUAUUUAACCAGUCGCAGAAGAAAAAUCAUUUUAUAUUGUUUACAUCUGCCUAGUUCUUUGCUAGUGACCCCCAUGCACCUGAAUGAUUCCAUCUGUUGAUUUACUUUGUUCUUUUAUUUUCUUUUUUAAUUCUCAGGAUGUAAGAUGUGACUAUUGUUGUAAUAAGAUUGGAUGUUAUUCACAGUUGUCUUUGAAUGGCGUUCCCUUUGUAUCUUGUGUAAAAUUGUAAAGUAAUAUGGAUUAAUACGAAAGCCAUGGUGCAUGAUUUAAGAAAAAAGAAAUCCGAGCUGUGUAAAGAUGAGAUGUUAAAUAGACAAAUAAUGUGAUGCCGUUUUUUUUUUUUUCUUCUUCUUUUGUCCGUCUGAAACAAACUCUCACCAAUAUGAGAAAUGAAACGUCAGCAGAGCGCCGGACACACACCAAGCUUGUUUCAUGAAAGACUGACCUCCAGUUUGCCAGGGAGUGAGCUGGACAUUGUUGCUCUGUACAUACACUUGCCUUAGAUUUAAAGAAGAAAAGAAAAAAAAGACUGAAUAUAUAUAUAUAUAUAUAUGUCCUGUACACUGAAAAGCUUGAAAACAAACGCAUGCUUACUGCUAUUUUCGUAAUAAUUCUGUUUCUGUGGGCUACAGUUGCCAUGACUGUUGUGUGUGUGUGUGUGGGAGGGAUGCAACACAAUCCAAAGGGGAGCAGCGUAACCUUAGCAACCAAUAGCAGCUUUGACAAAUCAACAGCAGAGUAAGUGUAGUGCAGUUUACUCCAUGUGACGGCCGAGGUUUUUUUUUGUUUUGUUGUUUUGUUUUCGUUGAGCUUUAAGUAUCGUUUUGUCACGGUUAAAAAAAAAAAUUGGUAAAAUUAAAAAUGUUUAAUCUUUCAUCGUCUUUGUGCCGAAUAGAAAAGACAUCGAUCACUUGAAGAUGUCCUCAUGCAGAGGCCUACGAUACAUGAAAGUAAAACCAUCCCAUCAGUUUAUAAGAAAUUCAACAUUUAAAGCCAGUGUGACUUAAUUUCCUGUGACUGUGUUAUUAUAAUGUAUUCACACAAUAAAUGACUUGAGUCCUCA